UUUAUUAUCUUCACUUUAUAUAGUUAAAUAAAUUUAUUCAUAUUAUUCAUUUGGUUAAGCUGACGUAUAAGGUUUUAAUUUUAAUUUGAAAAAUAUUUCUGCCAGAAAUAUAAGAAAUUUCAAAAUGAACAUUUUGCCAGGAACGGCAUCUCUUCUUGAAGAACUUGACAAAAAACUUAUGGUUUUAUUAAGAGAUGGCAGAACAUUAAUUGGAUAUCUUAGAAGUGUUGAUCAAUUUGCUAAUAUUGUACUCCAUCGUACAAUUGAAAGAAUUCAUGUUGGCAAAGAAUAUGGAGAUAUCCCAAGAGGCAUUUUUAUUGUUAGAGGAGAAAAUGUUGUUCUUUUGGGGGAAAUAGACAGAGAUAAAGAAAGGGAUUUACCAUUAACUGAAGUAUCUGUUGAUGAUAUCUUAGAUGCACAAAGACGAGAACAAGAAUUAAAACAAGAUCAAAAGAGAUUAAUAAAUAAAACUUUGAAAGAACGAGGUUUAUCAUAUAUUCCAGAUAUGGGUCAUGAUGAUAUGUUCUGACCCAUAUCCACAUCAUUAACUACUAAUACUUUGUCAUCCACAUCUUCACAUAAUUCCGAAAUGUGUGAUUCAUGUUAUACAUCACUAUUUUUCUGAUAAUAUCUAGUGGUGAUAAUUUGUAAAAUGUAACUAUUACAUAAUUGUGAAGAUAAAAAUAAUUAUUAAUUAUGCCCAACAAUUUCUUUCUAUGAAACUAUAUUAGUACAAUUGAAGUUUGACUUAAACUAUCAAUAAUAUGAAAAUUUA